AUGGAAACCCCCCCUGUCACCAACGACAGCCUUGGAGAGCCCCUGUCGGCGAACAACACGGUGCUUACAUCGGUCUCGUCCAUGACACAGAGUUUUAAACCCGUCGAAAAUAUUUGCGCGCACCUCAACGCAUUUCAUGCCUAUGCAGACGACCCAGCCAGGGCCGUUGAGGCCAACCAUUAUUGCGCGCACGUCAACGAGGACGUUCGUCAAUGCCUGCUGUAUGACUCGGCUGAGAAGAAUGCACGCUUGAUCGGCAUCGAGUACAUGAUAUCGCCACGUAUAUACGAUUCGCUGCCUCAAGAAGAACGGCGGCUAUGGCACUCCCACGUAUACGAGGUGAAAUCGGGAAUGCUCAUCAUGCCCAACACAAUCGUCCCCGAGGCAGCAUGGGACAUGGCAGAGAAGCGCGAAAUGGAGCAAGUCGUGACGCUCUACGGAAAGGUCUACCAUUUAUGGCAAACGAAUAAAGGCCACAAAGUGCCUCUGGGCGGGCCUAAACUCAUGACAAGCUUCGUCGCUGAUGGGCAGCUCAAUUUCGACCGGGUUGCAGAACGCGACAAAACGUUUGGAACAGACUACAAGCACAAGAGGCAGUCAAGAGCAGAUAUCCCGUCUCCCGAUAUUCAUCCAGACGCGGAUGCGGCCUGGUCGCGAACAUUAGGACGCGACAAUCGAAACAGCACAGCCGAAUUGAGGUUCGAAACUUGUUGA